AUGGUAUCAGUUGCUCCAGACCGGAAUAGUUCACUAUCGUCUUCAUUAUCAACUACAACUCCUAUACCAUCAACUGUAUCAUCAUCAAGAUCAAAUCUUAAUAAUUUACGUAAAAAAUCAUCGCAUUCAUCAAUAAGUAAUAAACAGUUGAAAAAUUCACAGGAGACAUCAUCAAGAAAUAAACUAAUCAUACGAUUAUUACCACCUUCACUAACUAAAGAAAAUUUUUUAAAUCAAUUAGCUACAGUAUAUCCAUAUCAUGCAUCGAAGAUUCAAAAAUUUUAUUAUAUCAAGGGAAUUUAUCCACUGAAUUCAUUUGAAGUUCCAAAUUAUAGUCGAGCUUACAUUGAUUUCAAUAAUGUGGGAGAUGUUGAAGAAUUCUUGAAGUUUUUAAAUGGUGUUUCAUUUGAAGAUGAAAAAGAUAGUUUAAUUCCAGUAAUUGAAAAAUGUUUAUUUUGUAAAAUGAUUGAUUGUAGAAAGAAUUUGGGAAAGGAAAACCAAACCAAUACCAAAGUUCAAAGUAAUACGAACACUAAAUCAGAUUUUAAAUUGGAGAAUGAUGAAAUUUACAAAAAAUUUUUAAGUUUCUUAAGUAAUCAUAUUAGUGAAUUUGACUUAUUAAAAGUCAACAGAUCAAUAAAUAAGAAACUAAAAACAGAAACUAAAAAAGAUGAUACAACCUCCGCCACUGCCACCAAAAAGAAAAAACCGAGAAAGAGGAAAAACAAAAAGGAAGAAGCAACUACAGAGGGGAGUAAAGUAGAGAAGAAAGACACCAAGAAGGAAAAUAAAAAGAAGGAAAACCCGAAAAAGAAUAAACCUAAAAAGACAGACGAAGUAAAAGAUAAACCAGUAAAUGUCAAAACUAGAGACAAGGAGAAUAAAGUCGAGACGAAGCAAUCAAAACCUAAAAAGACAAACCCAACUAAUCCGUCAUCACCGAAUAGCGAUGAGUCUACAAAUACACAUCCAAAAAAGAAUAGGCAUCGGAAAAAGCAACAGAACAGUAAUCCUAAUACAGUAGAGAACAAUAGUUCUAGCAAUGUCUCUAAACCACAACAGAAACAAAGCACAACUGAUCCGAAGACAAAGCCUUUCAAAAUUUUAAAAAAUAACCAAUCAAGUAACAACAGUAACGAAAAUUAA